CUUCGCGCGCCAUGGAUUCAAGGAUGUCGGAUAAUGAAGACAUGGAUGUAGAUCUUGCUCCUGCUUUGAAACGGUUCAAAUAUAAAUCAUACAACGCGGAACUCAAAGAUGUUCAUCUACCCUCCGCUCUAAAUGCACACUCGCAUCUCGAUGAAGAAUUAGAGGACACACAAUCCCACUUCUUCGAGGCUUUAUUACACUGGCAACAGUUAAACUUGUCCCCAAGCUUCAUUAAGUUCUCACAAAAAUCGGCGUCCCUGUCUUCAACCUUACCGCUUCUCCUACAUAAUUGGCAUGAGGUCGUAGAUUUAUGGCUGGAAACUCAGGCUUCCUCAGACGAUGAAGGUUUAAAAGCUAUCCUUGAUCUUUUGCAAAAAAUUGCACAGGAUUUACGGCUCACGCUUGCUCCUGUAUACCCUGAAUUGCUCGAACGACUACUUCAGCUUUCAGCACGAUCUAUCUCAAGUGAAGUGCUGACUGUACUUUUAUCGACCUUAUCGGCACUUUUCAAGUAUCUCCUUGUCCCUUCUACGGAUUCCACGCUACUGGAACAGACCUGGUCAGCUUUCCGAACGACAUUACCGAAAUGUUUACCGGAACUACAGAGAGCCCUUGCAGAGGUGUGGGGAUCUGUUUUGCGAAGGUUAAAGGUUGCACUCCGCCCCAAGGCAAUCGUUCUCCUCGCUGAAAAUCUAGAAGACAUCGGUGACGCUGCUGCCUGGUGUUUAGUAUUUGCUUGUAAAUCUGUAUCGCAAACCCUACACACUGUCACUCCAACGCUAAUAUCCCCCCUGCUCGAGUUUCAUCUGUCCUGCAUGGACAGCGAUGCAUCUUACACCCUCAUCCGACGCGUUGUCACCGCUUUCAUCCAUCAUAUCAAAGGCCCAGACCAGUUUUCACCAAUCGCAGACAUUAUCGUCAAACAAUAUGCCAAAAUAUGUUCUGUAGAUCACGAAGCUGAGGUCGGACAUGAGGAAAAGCUUAAAAAAAUAUUAGAAGUUGCCGCAGUACCAGCUUCAGUUCGAAACGGAUCCAGAUUAGCAUCUGCUAGCCUCACACAACUGCACGCUUCAACAAUGAAAAUUUCAGUCCCCGUAUCCCCCCUUUUGCAUUCCGCUAUGCUCAAGUUCACGUCGGCGCUUCUUACGGCGGGUGAUCUAUCCUUCUGGAUGUCGUCUGGUCGGAAUCUUCUUGCGCGGCUGUGGAAUGAAGGUUCUCAGCCGGAUAGCCUAUUCUGUCUGGAGCUGCACGGUGUUUUGGCGGAAAUGAAAUGGGGUGGGUGGAAAUCGCUUGCUCUUCCGGGGUUGCUCAAGCGUACUGGGAAGUUGCUGGAAGUGGAACCUAGUCAUACAUUGAGGCUGAUGGCAUCGCUUUGCCGAAAUGACAAGCUGGGAGAGGUUGAUCUGGUUUGGAAGAAGAAAAUCACAGAUUGGGUGUCUGUAAGAUUAGAGGACAUGAACCGUCAUGAAAUUGGCCCCGAACUCAAUGAAGAAAAGGGUGCAGAACUAUAUGACAUUCUAGCUUUCUCAACAUUUUUCACCUCGAAUAUUUCCCGCUCUCUUGUUGUCUUGGCCGACAAGCAUAUCAGAUGUACACCAACUAUCUCUGAAGAAGACGUCGACUUGUUCCCUCAUUCAGCUUGGAUCAUCAACGUCUGUUUACGCUGUUUAGCGACGCGCCCGAUCGCGGAAUGGGCUAAACACGUUGAUAUUACACAGUGGCUACGAUCAGGUGUCGAACAUUGGUCUUGGUCGAGACAUGUCCUUGAAGCACUAGUGGAGUUGGCGGAAGUCUGUGAAUCGUCUACUGCCACUCUCCCAUUCGAAGAAACGUAUGAUUUUUUGAAGGAUGCUAUCCUCUCGCACUCGCACUCGCACCGCCUAAACGCAUUGAAGAUCCUUACAUCGCAACUAGUCAAUGCCCCUGCAGACACGCGGGAAGUCAUAGAGCGAUGCUUACAAGGAGAGCAGGUUCCCUUGGAUGUUCAAGGUGUCAGAGAACGUGUAGUAAGAAUUGGACGCGUGGCGCAAGUGGUGAAACAGAGCGAUGAGAUCGGGGCAAAUUUAUGUGCUCGGUGGCUCACGGCUCAAUUGAAGGUUAACUUACGACCAGUAUGGUCGCCCGCUGCGACGGCUUUGUUUGACCUUUCGCAACGGUUUGGUGAUGUCGUUUGGAGUGUGUUGUUCACAGAGUUGAAGACGCUCUCGUUGGAGGAAGGGGCAUUAAAAGAAAAAGAUCCAGGGCCGCAAUUUUGGAGAGGGAGAGGUAGCAACUCAGAUGACCCUUGGGAAGAGGAACGGUCUUGGAGGGAUCCUAGUGCUCAUAAGCUGAGGGAGAUCGUUAUACAAUGGCUAGAUGUCCGGUUGCAUUGGAAGAAGCUUCUGCAAGACUCUACAGCAAACGAUCGGUUAGACAAACGGUCGUACGAAAACCAGAUUUUACACACCUUUGAGGAGUGCCAUUUGUUGGCAGAAAAACAUAAUCGCGAAUUGAUCCUACUCUUCCUUGAGAUAAUUAGCCCAGUAAUAAAGCCGAAGCUUCCUCGGACCAAGCUCAGUGUCUGGCUCUCCCUGUUCUCCAAAUUCUCCAAUCCAAAAGCUCUCUAUGCGAGUGAUUCACUCCGGUCCCUAUAUAUCACCCUACUUUCAAACCCCGAUCGGACGCUUCAAUCAUCAGCGUUAUCCUGUCUCUCCACCUACAAACAACGUUCGUUAUCGUUAUAUGAGAAUAGACUACGUACAUUGCUGGAUGACACCAGAUGGCGCGACGAGCUUACCUUGCUCGAUAUUUCCGCCAUAGAGCCUCAAGAUAGAACGGAAGUGGUCGACAUCAUCAUCCGACUGCUCUUUGGAAUGAUGUUGGAGAAGAAGGGGCGGUCGAGAGGGGCAGACCGCCGGUCAGCCGUCUUGACAACUCUUGCAGGGUGUACCAAUGACGAGCUUGCUCUUCUCAUCGAUCUGAUGCUGCGACCACUCACAGAGGGACAAGGUUUGAAGCAAGGAGGAGCUAUCAUACAACGAACGUCGACUGAAGCCUUAGAUCGACAGUUAGUCGGUUUCCUCACCUUGUUGGGCGAUGUCCUGAAAAAUCUAGGCUCAAGAAUCACCAAGUAUUGGGAUGCUCUGUUGGGGACCACUAUAGAUAUUAUCGCAAAAUCCCAGAGUCGAAUUGACGGCGAUGACACUGAGGCAGAGGUUGAAGAUAUGGAGGAGGACGAUACUUCUCUACCAACAACGAAGAUAAUACGGUCGAUUCGACAGUUGGGUCUCAAACGUCUUGCUGAUUUCUUCCGCUGCCGGGUAGAGUUUGAUUUUAGUCCGUACAUGAAAGCUGCGUUUACGGCUUUCAUCACUCCUCGGAUACCCCUCCUUGACAGGGAAAAUACACAAGCACCAUCUGCUCUUCUUGAGCUCUUCUACGUUUGGACACUAGAUAGUGAACAGAUACAUUUCCUUGUCGAAUAUGACCGACAAGUGAUACCGAAAAUUUUCAGCUGUCUGACCGCGACAAAUGUCAAACCUGCUGUCAUAUCUCGGAUCUUCGAUAUUGUAGACAGGCUUAUCGCAUUCUCUGCAGAUGACGAGGAAAUUUUGGGGAACAUCUUGCGGCCAAACGUAUCGCUCCUCCUUUCGAGCCUAUCCGUCCUUGUUCAGCAGUCGAAAAAUAUUACCUCUAUCUCCACACUGUUGGGUCAACGACAAAUUGGGAUUCUUUCCCAAGUUGCACAGUAUUCGAGCGAUGCGGAGGAAGCCAUUACACUGCUCAAACUGUUCUCACCACUACUUCGCAAACCACCAAAGGUUGUUUCAGAGAAGAUCAAGUCAGACCUGCUUAACAUCCUUGGACAUCAGAUGCGUCUCAUUCCCGAUCUUCACGACAUAACGUCGGAGGUUUAUCAACAACUUUAUGAGCUACUAUCAAUGCUUUUCCAAUCUCUUCGCUCACGCCAAGCUAGGAUUAACCUUGUCAGUGCUUUCCACGAUCUUGCCAAUCUACAGACAUCACUACAGGAUCUAGCUCAACUAAUGGAUGAGCUAAAUGCUUACUCAACGAAGAGAAUAGACGAGCCCGACUUUGAACGUCGCUUGGCGGCGUUUGCCUAUUUAAACGAUACAUUCUAUCGAUCUUUAUCGAUCUCUGACUGGCUUCCGGUCUUAUACAACAUGCUCAGUUUCAUCCAAGAUCCUGAAGAGUUGUCCAUACGUAAUCAUGCCUCGUUCUCAAUGCGCCAUUUUGUUGAUCUCGUCGCCGCUCAAACUUCAGUUGAGCACGAUCGAGCUUUUUCACGUGUGCUUUUCCCUGGUCUGAAGAACGGGUUGAGGUCGAAGAAAGAGAUGGUGCGCGCAGAGGUCGUUGCAGUCAUUGCAUACGCUGUGGAGAAAUGCGAGAAUAACAUUUCGCUUCAAGACAUGAGAAUACUUUUAGCUAAUGGCGAUGAAGAGGCAAAUUUCUUCAACAACAUACAUCAUGUUCAGUUGCACCGCCGCUCCAGAGCCUUACGUCGACUUGCAGAUCAAUGCGACGAACAGCCGUUGCGAAAUUCCACGCUCACCGAAAUACUCAUUCCUCUCAUUUCCAACUACAUUGUCGAAACGGCUUCCUUAGAUCAUCAUCUCGUGAAUGACUCGAUCAACACUACAGGCCGCCUAGCUAAGCAUCUCUCGUGGAAAUCAUACUAUGCUCUCGUACAGAAAUACCUUCGUCUCUCCAAGGCAAAGGAUGAGAGGGAACGUGUAUACAUCCGGACAAUCGUCGCUAUACUCGAAAACUUUCCUUUUUCAAUGCAGGAAGAGGUUCACGUGAGUGAAGAUGCCGAAGGGGACUUAGAUGAUGAUGAUGAUGAUGUCGAGACUGCCACCAAACCCGCAAUUCCGAUCAAUCAAAUCGCCGACGCCGUCAAUCUCCGUCUUCUUCCGACACUGCUCACUUACCUUGAAUCACGAGACUCAACAACAGAGGACACCACCCGAAUACCUAUUGCAGUUGGUGUUGUCAAGGUUGCUCGUAAUCUGCCUCUUGCAUCUGCGCAGUUGCAGAUCUCCCGCUUGUUGACCACCACCAGUCAAAUCUUACGCAGCAAGUCUCAAGAAACUAGAGAUUUGACCCGAGAUACCCUUUGCCGUAUUGCAGUCGUGUUAGGUUCAAAAUACUUGGCGUUGAUUAUUCGAGAGUUGAGGGCUGCAUUGUUGCGCGGUCCACACCUUCACAUCCUCGCGACUACCGUUCACCAUCUCCUAGUCCAUGUGACUAAGGGAGAAUAUGUAGAAAAAUUCGGCGUUCUCGAUGAUUGCGUUUCAGACAUAGCAUUCGUCUCUUCUGAGGUGAUAUUUGGUGAAUCUGGAAAGGAUACGCAGGCUGAAGGUUUUAAAACCAAAUUGCGCGAAGUCAAGGCCUCCUCAUCUAAAGGACUGGAUUCUUUCCACAUCACUGCUAAACAUGUUACAGGGUCCAAAAUCAAUGCCUUACUCAUGCCUUUGCGAGACAUAAUGCAGGAGACGGAAUCACUCAAAGUAAUGCAAUCGGUCGAUGAAGUGUUGAAGCACAUCUCAAGCGGCCUGAAUUCAAACACACACGUUGUUCCUGCAGAUUUACUGUCCUUAUGUCAUACUCUAAUCACUCAGAACUCCCGUUUCCUUCAACAGGCGGCUCCUCGGAGGAAACACCUUGUCAAGGGUGAUGCAAUCGUUCAGACGAAGCGACAAACGGCUGUCCAUACAGACCAUUUCGCCAACAACUCUUUCCGCUUCGUUGUUUUCGGUUUGGACCUACUCAACACCGCACUCCGUCGUAAUCGAUUCAAUUUCCAGGACACUUCAGUUUUGUCUCGUCUAGAAUCCAUGAUUGUGGCGGUUGGCAACACCCUGUAUUCGACUAGUUCUCCUGUGCUGGUUUCAGGUUUGAAAACGGUGGCAGGACUUGUAAAAUGUCCUCUGAAAACUCUUGGACGCUCGCUGCCUGUGUACAUUAGGCAAAUUUUGGAUAUCCUGAAACAAGUCGGUACUACCGAAUCUGAAGUCGCUCAGACUGCCCUGAAGACACUUUCAACAGUAUUCCGUGACGGACCAUCCGUCGAUGUCAAGGAAACAGACCUCGCUUUUCUGCUGGAUAUUGUCGCCCCAGAUCUCGAAGACCCUUCUCGUCAAAGUUCCGUUUUUGCCAUCCUUCGUGCCGUCGUUGCAAGAAAAUUUGUCGUUCCCGAAAUAUACGAUAUCAUGGACAAGGUCUCUGAGAUCAUGGUCACCAAUCAGUCAGGUCAAGUACAGGAACUUUGUAGAAGUGUUCUCCUGCAGUUCCUGCUUGAUUAUCCACAAGGAAAAGGUCGAUUGCGAAAUCAAAUGACAUUCUUCACCAAAAAUCUGUCGUAUGAGUACGAAAGCGGAAGAAAGAGCGUUCUGGAAUUGCUCGGUGCCAUCGUCACAAAAUUUCAAACUGGCCUCAUUCAAGAGUUCUCGGACCUACUCUUUGUCGCUUUGGUCAUGACCAUAGCUAACGAUGAUUCAUCCAAGUGUCGGGAAAUGGCAGCGCACCUCAUCAAUGCGCUUUUCGUUCGUCUCGAUGAAAGAAAAAGGUCCGAAAUGAUGUCCCAUCUCCAUACAUGGUGUUCACAACACAAUCAACCUCCCUUGGUUCGUGUAACGGCACAGGUGUAUGGUUUGAUAGUUGACGCAUUACAAAAUGAAAUUGCUCCCUUCAUUCCCACCAUCCUCAAAAACCUACGGUCAUCACUGGAGCAUAGUGCGGCUCAACUUGAAAACUUCGACGAUGAUUCCAUGGCUGUUGACCUCGAAUGGCAACUUCCUUACCACUCCUUAACCACUUUGGCCAAGCUUGCAAAGGUUUUUCCCGAACUCAUACUCCAGUCAAAAGAUGUAGACUGGAGUUCUAUUGCCAAUCAUUUACUCUUCCCUCACUCAUGGGUUCGUACAGCCUCUUCCCGUUUACUCGGGACUUUCUUCAGUUCUGCCACAAUACAAACUCCCUCAGCAUCUGAUCUGAACGCUCCUUUUUCACCAUUAUCGAGCGAGGGCAUGAAGACUGUCGCCCAAAAGCUUUGUCAACAGCUGAAGAGUGAACACCUGGAUGAUAGUCUCAGUUUACAAACAGUCAAAAAUCUCUUUUUCAUUGGCAGAUGUUACGCCACUAUCCCGUUCUUGACAGACAGUAUUGGUGACAUCGCUCAAGAGGAGGAUCCUGACGAGAACGAAGUAGCCGAGGAUAACACAACAGUCUCUCAACAAAACCAUCCUUUGCCGUGGAUGUUCUCAAAAUUAUCAUACCAAACGAGGUCUGCUCUUAUCGCAAAGAGGAAGUAUCCAUCUGGUCGACCCAAUUGGUUUCAUCAACCGUUCGCGGUGAUUCGUUGGUUUGCCGCCAUGGUCUCGUCCCUCGAUGCUGUUGAUUUAGAACGGUUCCUUGUUCACAUUCUUUCGCCUAUUUAUCGAAUCAUUGAGGAUGAUACUAUUCGAGAUACCAAAAUGACUGAACUCAAAGACACUGCAGUGGAGCUGCGAGAUCUCGUGCAGUCGAAGGUUGGGACGACCAAGUUCUCCACGAUAUACAACCAAAUUCGUCAUAAUAUUGUGGCUUUGCAACGGGAGCGUAAAGAAGCAAGAGUCCUGCAGGUUGCUACAAAUCCUCAAGCAGCGGCGAGUCGCAAGGUGCAUAGAAACACAGUAAAAAAAGAAAGUAGGAAGCGGAAGAAUCAGUUGUUUGUAGAUGGCAAAGGCAAAAUGAAAAAGAGACGCGAAGAAUGA